CCCUGCCUGAAAUCCUAUCGCGAGGUUUCCAGGAGCGCUCACUCCUUCGCUGAGCGGCUGUCAGAAGUCGAGAGCAGCCCGAUGGCCAGAGUGGAGCUGGCGCCCCUGAGGCCAUGGCACGACUUCUUCCCCGGAUCGGAGCGCUUCGCCAAGCCGGACCUGCGAGAUCUGGCGAAAUGGAACAACAGAGUGGUCAGCAACCUGCUGUACUACCAGACGAACUACCUGGCCGUGGCAGUCGUGGUGUUUCUGGUUGUGGGGUUCAUGAACCCCCUUGGCAUGUUCACCGGCGCAGCAGUGGUGGUAUCGGUGUUCCUCGGCUCUGUGUGGGUGGGGGACAACAAAGCAGUGGUCAAGAGCUUUAAGAAGGAGAACCCUACUCUGUUCGUCUGUUUAGUGAUGCUAGCCAGCUACCUCCUCAUGUCGCUCUUCGGAGGAGUCAUGGUCUUGUUGAUGGGGAUCAAGCUCCCACUGCUCUUGAUAUUCGCUCACGCCUCCCUGCGUCUGCGCAACAUGAAGAACAAGCUGGAGAAUAAGAUGGAGAGUGCAGGACUGAAGAAAACACCCAUGGGGAUUCUACUGGAGGCUCUCGGCCAGCAGGAAGAGAGCCUAAGCAAGAUUCAGGAGUUCCUGGAGAACAAACUCAAGGAGUGACUCGUAGCUAUGGGUGACUGUGUGUCUUUUAUUUUGUUCUGAUCCCGGUAUGAAGGACGUAUCUCCGUUUUCAGCCUAUGCAAUGAAAAUCCAGCUGGAUCUUCCAAAGACGUGGGAAAAAAAAAAAUUACUGACAUUGAAAAGUUUACACAGUAUAUGACAGGAACAUUAUGAAAUGUUACAACGCUCAGUUUUUUCGGGCAGAUGCUGAGUGGUCCUGUUAGUACCUUAAACUAAAGAAACAUCUGUCGGAUUUUGGAGCCGAAUAUUCUCAGAAAUUCUGCUAACAUGCUAACUCAUAGUGAAGGCUGUUCCUCCUGUUUGCCCCAUGAGGAAAGUCUGAAAAAUGGUUUCUCAUAAGUUUAAUGUGACUCAUUAGUUCACUUUUCUUUCCCAGUAGGUUUUCAUAUCCUUUAUUUGGUGCUAGGUAGAGACCACUGAUGGCACUUUUCCAUGAUAAACACAUCCGCUUUGAGUUCUGACUUCUAGAAGAAAAUGUAAAACCUCUAAACGAAAAGUUACGCCUUGGCGUGACCCUGUAAUUGAGUCAUCCAGUGCAGUAAUCGCUGGGCUAACAUGAGUUGAAACAUGCUCUUCUGCUCACAGCUAUGAUUUGGCUGUUAUGUGAAAUUAUACAUAAAUGUCAAAACUUUGAAGUUGAUAAUGAAGCCAUGUUCUGUAAUCCUGUGCCAAAUGGUUGUACUUGAAGAGAAUUGAAAUAUUUGUUCAUGAAAUGAUAGUUUGCAAAUUAAAAAAAUCUGUGAAUUACUGAGAGAUUAAGAAUUCCACCAGUGAAACCAUCUCAAGUGCUGAGAUGUAAACAAUGAAUGCACUUACAUGCACAUAAUAAUGGUUGGUUGGUUAGUGUAGUGGGUAACACCUCUUCCUUCUACACUGUAGACUGGGGUUCAGUCCCUGCCUGGGUAAACACCCCACACUAUACCAAUGAGUCCUUGGGCAAGACUCCUAACACCGCCUUCGCCUUCCUGUGUAAACCGAUCAAAUUGUAAGUCGCUCUGGAUAAGAGCGUCAGCCAAAUGCUGUAAAUGUAAUCCGAUAACUGCAGAAAAUCAGAUAAUGGGAAACUUCAGGUCUACACGAAUCAGACACUAAUCAGAUUUCAACAAGCCAAUAAACUCACAGAAGAAGACGUAACGUAAAGCUCAAACUUCAGGCCAUGUUUACCUGAAAAUAUGAUCAUAUGUCGUCUAGAAGAUGAAGAAUAUUUAAAUAUUUAAAUUUGGUUUCGGCGCCGCUCCAAAAGUGUUUCGCUGCGUCUCGCGACAUCCACCGUCUGAGAGCGCAUGUGCAGACUGAGAAAUCUGAUAGAAGUCAGAGUAAGAGUUUACAUGCACUGAGAAAUCUGAUCACUGAGCUAAAAUCCAGCCUCUUUAUAGAGUUCUAGAUUGGAGUAUGGUGUUUACAUGACCAUUUGAAUAAUCUGAAAACUGCAGAAAUCUGAUUUUGAUCACAUUAUUUAGUGCAAGUAUAUGCACUCAAUGUAAUUAAGAGUGCUUUGAUGGGAAAUUGCUCACUGUAGAGAAUCUCAGAUAUCUUAACAGUGGUGGUGAUAGGAACCAGGGGUCACAGUAUCUACAAUAAAAUUAGAGCCUUUUUAUUUACCAUCCAAAACCACCAGAGGACCUACACAGGUCUUCUGAGUUUUUCUAUGCAAUGUCAUUAAUGGUAAAAUAGUGGCAAAUUUUCUCUUGUGGGACUAUUUUGCCUCUUGGUGUCCUGCACAUGCCUCUUCACCAGAAUGAGUUAUUAAAAAUACAGUGCAUUCGGAA